AAACUGUAUGUCAGGAGUCUCUGCCACUGCACCAUAGAUGAAAGAAUGAAUUCAGCUGCUGAAGCUAGAAGACGAGUGUGCGAUAGAUUUGGUGAUGGCCGGUUUUCUAAGAACAAUGAGAAACGGAAGCUGUUUGGGGUGGUCGUUGCCGCACUUUUGGCGACGUUGGUUGUUGAAUCUAAUGCAUCGGAGACAAUUGGAGAAUGGCAUAUUCUUACCAGGCAGAAUUUUUCUUCUCAGAUCAGACUUCAUCCGCAUAUUCUUCUUCUUGUCACACUUCCCUGGUCUGGUGAAUCACGAGCCCUAAUGAAAGAUAUAGCCCAUCUUAUUGAAAAUAGAAAAGAAAGGUAUAGUUCAUUAAAGCUGAUGUUCAUGUACAGAAACUCAGAGAAGAUGUUAGUAAAUGCAAUUGGUGCUACGUCAGAGGAGACAAAUGUUAUUUUCUACCAUCAUUCUGUAUCUUACAAGUAUCAAGGGAGACUAACAGCCCAAAAUAUAGUAUUCUCAAUUUAUCCAUACAUGUCACUAUUGCCUGAAGAACUUCCCCUUACGCACUUGAAUACCCCUGAGGAAUUGAAGUCAUUCCUUGAUUCAACUGAUAAGGCCUUGCUUCUCACGGAAUUUUGUGGAUGGACCACACAAUUGCUGUCCAAGGGGAUAAAGGGCAAUGUUACAGAUGAUCUCGUUGGAACAACUAAUGAACAUACUGAUGGAAUACAAACAUUGAGAGGGAAGAAUAACGGCAAGCAUCGUAACAAAAAUACAGACAUGUGUGGUAUUGAAAAAGUAUAUGGAGUUCCAUGGUUUGGGGAGUUUAGUUCAGGAAACGAUACUUCUGAGGCGAAGUGUACAAAUGAAUCUUUUCCAUCAUCUUGCAAUCAUGAAGAGUUCAUGCGGUACAACUCUUUCUUCACAAAUUUAUUGGCUGUUGUCAGAGAAUUCUUCCUGCCGAGAGAGAAGCAUGGUUUUGGUCUAAUCUCCAAUAGAUCAAUGCUUUCGUCUCUUGGCAUUGACAACUCGGAUUCGUGGUUUGCAACACUUCAUUUUGCUGGAUGUCCCAGAUGUUCAAAAACUCUUAGUGCAGAUGAUGACCUUAAGGAAAAUUUACAGAUGAAUAAUUUCAUUGUUUCAGAGCUUGAAGUAGAUGGGAGCGGUCAGCAGCCUUUUUUGCCAGUCAAUAAGCCAUCAAUAAUUCUAUUCGUGGAUAGAUCAUCCAACUCAUCAGAAUCUAGAAGAGACAGUAAGGCGGCUCUUGGGGAUUUCAGAGAAUUAGCACAACAGUACUGCACAUCUUAUCCCGUCACUGAACAAGGUGGUAACAAGCUCCUGAAACCUUUGCUUCAAAACAAUCCAAUUAUGAGAAGUGCCUUGGAACCUCCUAGAUUAAAGUUGUCUCCAGCAUCUCGGUCAAUUAAAUUGGAGGAUAAGACAUCUUCUGUCAUAAUUGUGAAUGAGGGUAAACUUGUCUCUUUGGAUAAAUUAGCUUCAGAACUACAAGGAAAUUCAUUGCAAGAGAUCCUAUCACUCCUUCAGAAAAAACAGGCUACGUUAAGCUCCCUUGCAAGGAAUUUAGGUUUCCAGCUCUUAUCUGAUGAUAUUGACCUUAAAUUAGCAAAUCCAUUGGCAGAUGUGGCAGAAGUUCAGCCUUUAGAAGUGUCACCAGAGACAUCCCCGAAAGGCACUACUACACUUAGUGUUCAACUGGAUGAAGAUCAGUCAAUUCAUGGCAGGUGUAUGUCUGCCAAAGAGCGUGGGGAAGCUUCAGAUGUUUGUACCAUGGAAUCUUCUACUCAGCAAGAUAAUGAGAAGAGUACUAGCAUUCAUACACAUGAGCAUCAUGAUUCUAUACAGUCUGAUGAAUCAGCUUCCGAUCAGAAAUUGGAUGUUCCUCGAAUCAUUAAAGUUGAAGAAAAAUCUUCUUUAACAAUGGAAAUAUCGAGGGAUGAGAACCUCUGCAUCCAAGGUUUUGAAGGUUCAUUUUUCUUCUCUGAUGGUAACCACCGAUUACUUAAAGCUUUGACAGAUCAAUCAAAGUUCCCUGCUUUGGUAAUAGUUGAUCCCCUUCUGGAGCAGCAUCAUGUCUUUCCAUCAGAGAAAAUACCAAGCUAUUCUUCACAGGCUGAUUUCUUAAGCAGUUUUCUCAAUAGAAGCUUACAUCCAUUUCAACUGUCUGAAUCCGUUAACAGAAGCCCUAGGGCAGCCAUUAUCCCACCAUUUGUUAAUUUGGAUUUUCAUGAGGUGAAUUCUGUUCCUCGGGUUACAGCUCUUACUUUCUCCAAACUUGUUAUUGGCUCCAUUGAAUCUGAAUCUUUAAAUACUCUCGAUCCACAUGGCAAGGAUGUGUUAGUUCUGUUCAGCAAUAAUUGGUGUGGUUUUUGCCUGAGAAGUGAAGUAGUUGUUUCUGAAGUUUAUCGAGCUAUCCAGGGUUAUGCUAACACGCUGACGAGUGGACGUGGAAAGGAAGAUAAUAUGUUAAGUGAAGGUCGGACAGAUCUACUGUCAAAGCUCCCGCUUAUCUACUUAAUGGACUGCACACUGAACGAUUGCAGUUCAAUUCUAAAGUCAUUUGAUCAGAGAGAAGUAUAUCCUGCCCUUUUGUUAUUUCCAGCAGCAAGUAAGAAAGCUAUAUUGUAUGAAGGUGAUCUAGCAGUAAGCGAUAUUUUUGAAUUUGUGGCAGAACAAGGAAGUAAUUCCCAACACCUUAUCAGUCAGAAGGGAAUUCUAUGGACAGUAGCGGACAACGGAAUUGAACGCGGCAAGUCAGUUGAAGAUGUAAGACCCACUCAUCUUCAAGAAAAGGAUGCUAUUCCAAGCGAAAAGUACCACGAAGUCCUAGUGAGAGACAGGAAAGUGGAAAGUGCUACAAGAUUCGGUCACUUAAAUCUUCAUAUCACAAAUGAUGAGGAUGAAUCAUCACCUCAUAUAGGCAUUGGAUGGAUGUUAACCGCCACAGACAAGCUUGUUGGUUCACAACUUUUUGAUAAUGCUCAGAUUCUGAUUGUCAAGGCAGAUCAAACCGUUGGUUUCCACGGUCUGAUAAUCAACAAGUAUAUCAGAUGGGAUUCUCUUCAAGACAUGGCAGAAGGUUUAGAGAUGUUAAACGAGGCACCUUUAUCGCUCGGGGGUCCGCUCAUUAAACGCAAAAUGCCUCUCGUGGCCUUAACUCAAAAAGUUCCUAAAGAUCUGCAGCAGCUUGAAAUCCUACCAGGCAUACACUUCCUGGAUCAGGUUGCUACAUUACAUGAAAUAGAAGAGAUGAAGUCAGGAAAUCACUCGGUUAGUGGAUAUUGGUUCUUCUUGGGUUAUUCAAGUUGGGGUUGGGAUCAGUUGUAUGAUGAAAUUGCUGAAGGGCUUUGGAGAUUAUCCAACGAUGGCGCGAGUUACUUAAAUUGGCCAGAGGUUCAACAACAUUUGGGUGCAUCAUAAGAGCUUUUAGAGCUAACUAAACAGGUCAGUGCACACAUCUGAGACCAUUGGAUAAGCCAUGUUGAUGGUGUCCAAAUUUGGUGGCUGGAUUUUUGUAAAAUUGCUUUUGUUUGUAGGUAUGGUAUCUCUCCCUUCUUCACAUUCAUCAA